GCGGUUUUCUUCAGUUCUCGCGUGGGAGGCCGCUUAUGCUCUGCGCUUUUCUGGGGCCAGUUCCUCACCACGAGGGAGCGACCGCAUCAAGAGAAGUUUAAACUGUUAAAUCCUCAGGGAGCAAAUAUUUACAUUUACCCAGCGGAAAAUGUUAUGCCCAGGAGCUACUGCGCGAUUAUGUCGGAGUCAGGUCCGAUAGGUGGUGUGUGAACAUCUGAAGGUCGGAGGUCCUGACGCUCUUCUUCCUGUCUGUUGGCACGUCUUCAGAGUUGUCCGCAUUUUUCCAAGACAGCAGAAAAUGAACAAAUCCCAGAAAUUCCAGGGAUCAGUAUCAUUUAAGGAUGUGACUGUGGGCUUCACCCAGGAAGAGUGGCAGCGCCUGGACCCAGCCCAGAGGUCCUUGUAUAGAGAUGUGAUGCUGGAGAACUACAGUAACCUUGUCUCACUGGGGUAUUGUGUUACCAAACCAGAGGUGAUCUUCAGGCUAGAGCAAGGAGAGGAGCCAUGGAUAUUGGAGGAAGAAUUCCCAAGCCAGAGCUUCCCAGAAAUCUGGAAAACUGAUCACAAGAAAGAAAGGAGCCACGAAAACCAGCCGAAACAUGUGUGGGAAGUUGCAUUCAUCAAUAAUAAAAUGCUAACUGAAGAACGAGGUAACGUAGUAGGAAAACCACAUAACUUGGACACAAAUUCUUUUCCUUCCAGAAAAACCCUCUGUCAGUGUGACUCAUGUGGAGUGAGUUUCAACUGUAUUUCAGAAUUGUUUAUCAAUAAGAAAAACUAUUUAGGAAAAAAGACUGAUGAAUUUAAUGCCUGUGGAAAAUUGCUACUCAGUAUUAAACACGAGAAAACUCAUACUAGAGAGAAAAGUGAAUUUUUUAAAAAUGGGAAAACUUUCAGUCAUGAUGAGGACCCUGUUCAUCAUGAGAAGAUUCAAACUUUAGAGCAAAAUUUUGAUCAUAACAUUUAUCAAGAAACCUUCCUUGAAAAGGCAAUAUUCAGUACAUACAAGAAAGAGAUUGCAGAAGGGAAUGACUGUGAAUGUAAUGAAUAUGGGAGAACCUUCUUUGAUAAAUCCUUCUUAUUCCAUCAGAUAAAUUCCUCAAAGGAAAAUCACUAUGGAUUUAGUGGUUGUGGAAAAUCCUUACGUGUGAAGUCUACCCUUUUGAAACAUCAUGGGGCACAUAUGAAACACUAUGAAUGUAAUGAAAGUGGGAAUAAUUUUAGGAGGAAUUUAUGCCUUUCACAACUUAAAACUCAUAAAGGAGAAAAACACUUUGAAUGUAAUGAAUGUGGGAGAGCGUUUUGGGAGAAAUCCCACCUCACUCGACAUCAGAGGAUACACACAGGAGAGAAACGCUUUCAGUGUAAUGAAUGUGGAAAAACUUUCUGGGAGAAGUCAAACCUCACUAAACAUCAGAGGUCACACACAGGGGAGAAACCCUAUGUGUGCAGUGAAUGUGGGAAAGCCUUCAGCCACAAGUCAGCCCUCACGUUACACCAGAGAACACAUACAGGGGAGAAACCCUAUCAGUGUAAUGCAUGUGGGAAAACGUUUUACCAGAAGUCAGACCUCACUAAACACCAGAGAACACACACAGGGCUGAAACCCUAUGAAUGCUAUGAAUGUGGGAAAUCCUUCUGUAUGAAUUCACACCUUACAGUGCAUCAGAGAACUCAUACAGGUGAGAAACCCUUUGAAUGUCCUGACUGUGGGAAAUCUUUCUGUCAGAAGUCACACCUUACACAACAUCAGAGAACUCACAUAGGGGAUAAACCCUACGAAUGUAAUGCAUGUGGGAAAACUUUCUACCACAAGUCAGUACUCACCAGGCAUCAGAUCAUUCAUACAGGGUUGAAACCUUACGAAUGUUAUGAAUGUGGGAAAACCUUCUGCUUGAAGUCUGACCUCACAGUACAUCAGAGAACUCACACAGGGGAGAAGCCCUUUGCAUGUCCUGAAUGUGGGAAAUUCUUCAGCCAUAAGUCUACCCUCUCUCAACAUUAUAGGACUCAUACAGGGGAGAAGCCCUUUGAAUGUCACGAAUGUGGGAAAAUCUUCUAUAAUAAAUCAUACCUAACUAAACAUAAUAGAACACACACAGGGGAGAAACCCUAUGAGUGUAACGAAUGUGGGAAAACCUUCUGCCAGAAGUCUCAGCUCACUCAGCACCAGAGAAUUCACAUAGGUGAGAAACCCUAUGAGUGUAAUGAAUGUGGAAAGGCUUUCUGUCAUAAGUCAGCCUUAAUUGUCCACCAGAGAACUCAUACAGAAGAAAAGCCCUAUAAAUGUAAUGAAUGUGGAAAAUCUUUCUGUGUGAAGUCAGGACUUAUUUUACAUCAGAGAAAACACACAGGGGAGAAACCCUAUGAAUGUAAUGAAUGUGGAAAAUCCUUCAGUCACAAAUCAUCCCUCACAGUGCAUCACAGGGCUCACACAGGAGAGAAAUCUUGUCAAUGUAAUGAAUGUGGGAAAAUUUUUUACCGUAAAUCGGACCUUGCUAAACAUCAGAGAUCACACACGGGGGAGAAGCCCUAUGAAUGUAACACAUGUGGAAAAACCUUCUCUCAGAAGUCAAACCUCAUUGUACAUCAGAGAACACACGCAGGAGAAAAACCUUAUGAUUGCGACGUGGCGUCAGGGAUCUGGGAAACGGCGUGCGCCGUGGAGGCGGACGCGGGACUCGCUCCGGGCCUUCUGCGCAUGGGCGCUGCGCCCCUCCCGUCUAGUUCGCGUCGGCGGCUGAGGCCUCGCGAGAAGACGGUCCCGGAUGCUCCCGCGGCUGACCGCCCGACCGCGGGGGUCGGCCGAGGCCUCGCUGUACCCUCACGGUUAUCCACACUCUUCCAGGGCCAACAGAAAAUGAUCACAUCCCAGGAAUCCUUGUCAUUCAGGGAUGUGACUGUGGGCUUCACCCAGGAGGAGUGGCAGCACCUGGACCCUGCUCAGAGAACCCUGUACAGGGAUGUGAUGCUGGAGAACUACAGUCACCUUGUCUCAGUGGGUUGUUCCAUUCCUAAACCAGAAGUGAUCCUCAAGUUGGAGCAAGGAGAGGAGCCGUGGAUUUUAGAGGAAGAGAUCCCAAGCCAGAGUAACCCAGAAUUAAUUAAUAACAGUAGAAACUAUUCAAGAAAGAAGUUCAAUGAGUUUAACAAAGGUAGAAAUGGGCUCCUUAAUGAUAAAUAUGAAAGAAUUCAUUCUGAAGAGAAACUUUAUGAAUAUAAUAAAAAUGGCUUCCACCGUAAUGACGACUUUGUUCACCAUCAGAAAAUUCAAAUUUUGGAGCAACCUUUUGAAUACAGUGAAUGUAGGAAAGCUUUCCAUGAGAAUUCACUCUUUGUUGUACAUAAGAAAGCUUACACAGGGAAGAAUACCUGUGAAUACACUGAAUAUGGGAAGAUCUUCUGUGAUAUGUCAUCUCUUAUUGCUCAUCAGAGAACACAUCCAAGAGAGAAUCACUGUGAAUUUAAUGAAUAUGGAGAAAACUUCUUUGAGGAAUCCAUUCUCUUUGAGCAUCAGAGUGUUCAGCCUUUCAGCCAGAAGUCAAACCUCAUUCCAAUUCAGAGAACCCACUCAAUUGACAAUAUACUUGAAUAUAAUGAAUGUGGAACAUUUUUUAGUGAAAAGUUAGUCUUUGGUGUACAGCAGAGAACACACACAGGAGAAAAACCUUAUGAAUGUCAUGAAUGUGGAAAAACCUUCAACCAGAAGUCAGCCCACACAAGACAUCAGAGAACACACACCGGGGAAAAAUCUUGUGAAUGUCAUGAAUGUGGGAAAACUUUCUACAAGAAUUCAGACCUCAUUAAACACCAGAGAAUUCACACAGGGGAGAAACCUUUUGAAUGUCAGGAAUGUGGGAAAUCCUUCAGUGAAAAGUCUACCCUCACUCAACAUCGGAGAACACACACAGGGGAGAAACCAUAUGAGUGUUGUGAAUGUGGGAAAGCCUUCUCAUUUAAGUCCGUCCUUACUGUACAUCAAAAAACACACACAGGGGAGAAGCCCUAUGAAUGUUAUGAAUGUAGGAAGGCCUUUCUCAGAAAAUCAGACCUCAUUAAACAUCAAAGAACUCACACAGGGGAAAAACCUUAUGAAUGUCAUGAAUGUGGGAAAUCCUUCUCUGAGAAGUCAACUCUUACCAAACAUCUGAGAACUCACACGGGUGAGAAACCCUAUGAAUGUAUUGAAUGUGGAAAAUUUUUCUGCUACUACUCGGGUUUCACAGAACAUCAGAGAAGACACACAGGGGAGAAACCUUUUGGAUGUAAUGAAUGUGGGAAAAAUUUCCGUCAGAAGUCAGCCCUAAUUGUUCAUCAGAGAACUCACAUAAGACAGAAACCUUAUGAAUGUAAUGAAUGUGGAAAAUCAUUCUGUGUAAAGUCAAAACUCAUUGCACAUCAUAGAACACACACGGGGGAAAAACCCUAUGAAUGUAAUGUUUGUGGAAAAUCAUUCUAUGUGAAGUCUAAACUCACGGUACAUCAACGAACACAUUUGGGGAGAAACCCUAUAAAUGUAAUAAAUGAGGGAAAUCACUCUGGGUGAAGUCAAGAGUUUAUAGAAAAAGAACAAAAAUGGGGAGAAAAAUCCAUUGAUAACAAUGAUUGUGAGAACAUCUUUGGUCUAAAGUCAGUUCUCACAAUAUAGCAGAGAACUUACAGAGGGGAGAGAAUGAUAUGAAGCUGUGGAAUAUAGAAAACUUCUGUGCUGGGAUUGGACCCAUACUCAGUGGAGAAAACCUAUUGGUGAAUGAAUAUAGGGAACCUUUUGCCCAAAGCCACACCUCACUAAACAUCAAAGAAAACAAAUAAGUUAGAAACAUCUAUCAGCAUUUGUAGGGUAGAGAAGACUUUAUCCAUGGGCCUUAGAAAAUGCACAAAUUAUAGGAAACUCUAGGAAAGCAUUUAGUCUGAGGUGAUGACUUGUGUGAAGUGCUUGAAGUAGUAUCUGGUCGAUGUUGGAAAUCACUAGAGAAAAUAUUUUCAAUAUGUGGAAGCUUUAAGUUAAAUCUAAGCUUAUACAUCAGAGGUUUUGAAGGUUUUCUAGCCAUUUAGGAAAUGUGGAGAACGUUUUCAUUUAGAAAUAGUGUUUUCUUUUUGUAAAGAUACACUUUGGCCCCUUGCCAGUCCGUUGUUCCCCUCUGUUUAAGGUAUUAGAUGUGAAAACACACCACACUGGGAGCACAGUUGUAAGCACGUCAGAGGUUUAUUGCUCAGGCAUAUGCAGAAAAAGAGAAGAUUUUUAGCAAGAGGACCCACCAACAGGACUUUCUGAUGUCCAGGUAAAAGAGAGAGGUUUUGGAUCUGGUGACACAUGUAGGAGUAGCUUGCCAGCAGGAUGUUUUAGUAAUUCUGGGAUAGAUUGAUUUUGAGUGGCUCAUCCUGGAAUAGUGGAUCCAAGGGGAAAGGUGAGUUGCUAUGCAUGCAACAUAGUGAAUGUAGGAAAAGUGAGUGUGGAGCAUAGGUGGUUUCUUUCCUGGCAAGUGUCAUCCUGUUGUGAGUGACUUACUGUACCCAACUCUAUUUCUCCACGUACUUAACACCUUUCAUAUGUGAUGUAACAAUUUCAAAAAACAAACAUUUAGGGCGCCUGGGUGGCUCAGUUGGUUA